AUGUCGAACCCCGCCCGACCAGAGGCCGAGCCUAAUGGUGCCUCACCAGCACCAAGCGCGGAGGACUUCCCUAUACCAUCAAAGGAAGUAACCACAUCCGGAACACGCAGAAAGUUGCCUGGAUGGCUGGAUCACUUCAAUGCGCGCGAUCUGAAAAUUCUAUUUCGCUGUACGGUGGCAGCAUGGGUCGCGUCAUUAUUGAUCUUCAUCAACUCGUCCUUGCGCACGAUCGGGACUGCCACUUUCUUCGCGACACUGGUGCUUUUCAUGGUGCCUCCCAAUGGCAUUGUCUUCAUUUUCAUCCUCGGAACCUUGACCCUUAUCAUUGGUAUGGGCCUCGGCUGGGGCUGGGGUGUUAUCGCGAUGAAGGCGGCUCUGGCAGCGCGACCGGCUGCUGAUACUCAGGCCAAACUACAAGCCCUGGGGCAACAUGCUUAUAGCGUGGCUAACUCGACUGGACAGCCCGUUGCAGCGGUCCAGCAACAGCUUAUCUACGAAGGCUGGAUGCUGGAUGCUCGUGUCACGGCUGUUUACUUUUGUUUCAUCUGUUUCCUGAUUUACGUCCUGGCACGCAUCCGAGCUAAGAAUCCCAAGUUUGCUCUGACCCAGAUCUUUGGAACUAUCAUCAUGGAUCUUUUCAUCACCAUUGGGCCACUACUCCCAUCAUUCAAUGGCACCAUGCCCAAACUUCUCAUUGAACCGGCAGCCAUUGGAAUUGGGAUUGGACUGGCUUGUAACAUCUUGUUUUUCCCAACGUCGACUUCCCACACCGUCCUCGAGGGCAUGGAAGGACUAGUACGACUUCUUAAAGGCCCCUGGAUGCGACCGUGGCAAAAGCUGAAGAUAACAGUUCUCGGGACCUACAAGAAAAUUGAUCCAGCGCUCGCCUUUUUGCCAAUGGACUUCUCGGUGAGCCGGUGGAAUUCGGAUGACGUCAAGAGCUUAAAGGAACCCAUCCGCCGAGCCGCAAUAAGUACUUUAUCAUUGUUAGAGUUUCACAUAUCUCGCGUCGGUGGAGAAGUGAAGCUGGAGAAACUCCGUUCAAUCACGUCAGAGUACAAUCAAUAUUCUGAGCUCGAGACUACGGAGAAGAAGAAAGGAAAGCCGCGCGAAGCUGGCAUGCGCCAAUUACUUGAGAGCCUCAAGCUUGUGAAAGCAUUCACUACCCCCGAGCAUGAGGCUCUUCGCCAGGAGAUGCUAGAGGCCAUUCGACAGCCUUGCACCAAGAUUCUACCGGUCUGCCAGGAAGCGAGUACGUCAGUUGCCGACUGCAUUCAUGCGGUGAAUUGCUCGCGAUGGUUUGGAAAACCAUCCAAGACUCAGUUAGAUGAGCUUCUCCAGCGCAGUGAAUCUUCUUUAGAGAGCCUUAAAGAUCUGCGUGUCUCAUUUGCGUCAGAAACAACUGAACUCCUUAUCCAGACAAAUGCCGACAUCUUUGAUGAGAGUGGAAAGUUGAAGAACCUCGACGAUCCUACAAUGCAUAAAGUGCGAGGAAUUGCCAUUGGAAUGGUCUUUGAAGACCAAAUUCUUGGCGUCGCAGACGCCUGGGAGAAAGUCUUGGAACAGAUUGUCGCGUUGAUGAAGGAACGCCAAAAGGUACGCCUCUGGUUUCCUCGGGGACUGCGCUAUGCAUUCAACUGGGUGUUUCAGAGAGCCGCGGUUGCCCCUGUUCUUGCUGCACAGUCCUCGGCGGUUGACCCCGAUGUGGUCGAGGAGCAGUCAAAAGCGGCCCAGCAGAGUCUCAACAUGAGCCGAGGAUACAAAGUCAAACGACGCAGCGGCCUGGGACGCAUUAUACUCGGCACGUAUCACUGGCUUAUCAACGCUGACGGUAUGUACGCCAUUCGAAUGGUAGUUGUCACCAUUGCGCUCGCAAUUCCAGCAGUGAUACCAUCCAGUGCAGGCUUUUACUAUCGCGAGAAGGGUUUAUGGGCAUUGAUCAUGGGCCAGACAACUGUUGUCGUAUACAUGUCGGACUUCACUCUAUCGCUAGCCUCUCGUUCUGUGGGAACUGUGGUCGGUGGCGUCGUGGGUUUGGUGGCUUGGUAUAUCGGAUCAGGCGAUGGCUCUGGAAAUCCAUACGGCCUUGCUGCAAUUAUGGCUGUAGUCCUCAUGCUUCUCAUGUGGGGACGUCUCUUCGCGCCUCCUGCGAUCCUGCAGGCCACAAUCAUGGGUGGUGCGACCUGCAUCUUGGUGAUCGGUUAUAGCUAUGAUGAUACGCAUAUUCCUUCAUACGGCAACCCUGGUUGGGGGUACAAUGUCUUCUGGCGAAGACUCGUACUUGUGCUGCUCGGCUCUGCCGCGGCCUUGAUAGUGCAAAUCUUCCCACGACCUCCUUCUGCAGCACGCCAUAUCUGCAAGUCCAUGUCAAAUUCCAUCCGAGCACUCUCUGAUCACUACGCACUCCUCCUGUCAUGUUGGGGUCAACCAGAUCGUGAUGAAGGCCUCAUGGCUGAACAGCUUGUAAUCGACCUUGCGGAUUCUCUCUCAGCCCUUGAUGGUCCUGUGGCUCUGCUUCGCCUCGAGUUUUCCAGCUCUCCAUUCGACAGUGAUACCCUUGCCCAAGUCAAGUCCCUUUGUCAAGAAUUGAACCAACACAUUGGACGGUUGCUGUACCUAUCAGCCUCUCUGCCAGAACACUUCCAAGGUGUCCUUGCGCGUCGCGCUGGUCUUCUAGACCACCGAAAUAUCGGCGAUAUCAUGGCGGUUCUGGGUAUUGUGGAGCAGGCUCUUAAGACUGGUGAUCCUCUUCCCGAGGUCCUUCCCACACCAUUACUCAAGCGCUGUUACGAGUUCUGGCAAGUCCACCAGGUUGAAAUAGAGCUCACCACGGACUUGAUUAGGGACGAGAGCUAUCGCCGCUUCUGUGUUGCCUUUACUGCCUAUCUCAAAUUCUUGGGCGCGAUCGAUGACUUGGUGCUCGUGAUGAAGGGUACAUUGGGAGAGUCACAUAUCGUGGGAAGAGAACUGAUGCCUGAUUCAAGUGUAUAA